AUGAAUAAUCCAGCAGUGACAACGAGUGAAUUACGAGGUCGAACAGUUAUUGAACUUAUUACAAAUGAGACUUAUUAUUCAAAUACGUACUCACCUUUCGUCGGACCUAUCGACAUUGCAAUACAAGCUGUAUGCAAAAAUUACACAUUUUCUGAACUAUAUGAAAUUGGUGCAUUAUGCAAUGUGCUUAAAUGUAACAUAAGAAGUAUCUAUCCAAACAUUGACGUUCGAGAUUAUACAGCUAUCGCCAAUAAUAUCUUUAUGCCUCCUCCACCUAUUGUUGCUAACUGCGAAAUUAAAAUUUUGUGGUCACACACCUUAAACGAAAACGAAGCAAGAAUUGUAAAUAAUUCCACAUGGAGUCCGCAUCAUUUUGUUCCUCUUCUGUCACCAUGUGCUCAACGUGAAUUCGAUACUAAUAAUCAAACAGCGUCAAUUCUUGUGACUCCUGAAAAGCAAACAUUUAAGAAUAAUUCUGUUGUCCAAAUACGAAUUCCUGAAUUUCAAUUAACUCCUAGCAGACGUUUACGAAGUGAAAUUAACACACACACUGAUUCUCCUCAAUCGAUCAUAUUUGAUACAAAGUUGAAAGAUCAGAAUGGCAAAGAAGAACAACGUCAAAUUCGACUUGAAAAGAAACGAGAACGAGCUCGAUCUAAUCGAAUGAAUGAAACCGAAGAACAGCGCCAAAAUCGCCUUGAAAAAGAAAGACAACGCAAUCAUAGUAGUCGAAUGAAUGAAACAGAGGAACAACGCUGA